AUGGUGCUGAAAGCAAAGAAGGAAGCUCCUGCCCCUCCUAAAGUCGAAGUCAAAGCAAAGGCCUUGAAAGCUCAAAAGGCAGGGCGGAAAGGCAUCCACAGCCACAAAAGGAAGACGAACUGUACCAUCACACACCUUCCAGGGGCCAAGACUCUGGGGCUCCAGAGGUGCACCCAGGAGAAACAAGCACAACCACUACACCAUCAUCAAAUUCCCCUGACCACCGAGUCAGCCAUGAAAAAGACAGAAGACAAUGACACACUUGUGUUCCUUGUGGAUGUCAAAGCCAACACACACCAGAUCAAACAGGCCAUGAAGAAACUCUGUGAUGUUGAUGUGGCCAAAGCCAACGCCCUGAUAAGGCCUGAAGGAGAGAAGGAGGCGUGUGUUUGGCUGGCUCCUGGUCAUGAUGCUCUGGAUGUUGCCAACGAGACUGGGAUCAUCUAG